CGAUAAUAGCGUUGAACACCGGCGGCUUUUCCCAGUCGUCAUAUUCAAGUACUCAUAUCAGGCUCUAUCAAGACUAGUAAUUUCGUCAUCUUCAACUCCACGACUCAUAGAGAUAUUCAAGCACUGCAGAAUUCUCCUAAAACUUUGUCAGUUUCAAUCAAUCGAUCGUUAUGGCGGUCUCUCGCAAUGGCAGCAGUAAUACCGCCCACGUCAAUAUGAUGACGGACAGCGUUAUAGCGAACCUACCACCUGAUGGUCUGAGAGUUAUCAUCCGCUCACUACUGGCAUCGCACCCUGACAUCACAACGAGCUUUGAAGACGCAACACGACAAUACCUUGCUCAGGCCCAGACAAAGUCUUCCAAGUCCCAAUUAACCACUCUCGAUAUUGAUGGACUGGAGAAGACCCAGAAGAUAGCUCGCUGUAUGCUUGGGUCUGGGCAAGCGUUUGAUGGUGUUUCCAUUCUCGACAAACUGGUUGUUCGCGGUAUUCAGAUCGCUCUUGACUCACCGGAAACCGAGAAACAGAGGGUUGACUCACUCCUAGCUUCUAUGGAUGGUGAUUUGGUCCAAGCAAUGACAGCUGUGACGAAGAGACUUGCUGUAAGCUCGGGGGCACGAGUGUUUUCUUCGAUAGAACAAAAUAUCGUCCAAAGACUGUUGGAGUCUCUUACUCAGUGUCAGGAGAUGCUGAAGGGCACAUUCAUAGCUUUUCCCUAUGGAAGGGGUAUGCUCACAACGGCAAACAUCUUGGGUGUUGCUUUGCCGGACUCGCCAGAAACAAGAUUGAGCAAAGUACCUUCAGACAUUGCACAGCCUCCGCCGGCCAAGGAAACCUUUCAACUCGGUGAUAGACCACUACCUCGCAUUUUCUCAGGCCUAUGGCAGAUGUCAAGUCCAGCCUGGGGUUCCGCACAGAUGUCUAAAAUCAUCGAAGGAUUCUCGACACAUGUUCAAAAUGGAUUUACUGCGUUCGACAUGGCAGAUCACUAUGGUGAUGCUGAAGUUCUCUAUGGCCGUUUUCGGUCGAUGUAUCCCCAUAAGGACGAAAUGUUUACUGCAACAAAGUAUUGCGUGUUUCACCCCAUCACUGUUUCCCGAGAAGCAGUGCAGGCCAAUGUCAGCGAGAGGUGCAGUAGAUUACAGCAAGAGGUGAUUGAUCUACUCCAAUUCCAUUGGCAGCUUUGGGAUAAUCCGCAGUAUAUCGACGCGCUGCAAUAUUUAGUAGAAGACAAACGCGUGGCUCGGAUUGGGCUGUGUAACUUUGACACGGAACACCUUGAACGAGUUGUCGAAACUGGUGUCAAGAUAUAUACGAAUCAGGUGCAGUUCUCACUGAUCGAUUCGAGGCCCACUGUGAAGAUGGCAGAUGCAUGCUCAAGAUAUGGCAUCAAGCUGUUGACAUAUGGAACUCUGUGCGGUGGGUUCAUCGCGGAUAAGUGGCUCAACCAGCCCGAACCAGAUGUCUACGAUACCAACAUUACUCCCAGCCAGAGAAAGUACUACGGAAUGAUAUGCAGCUGGGGCGGCUGGGAUCUCUUCCAAGAGCUUCUUAGCGUCCUACGCACCAUCGCGACAAAGCACAAAGUCAACAUCUCCAACAUAGCUACGCGCUGGGUCUUAGACUUUCCCUACGUCGGAGCAGUCAUCAUUGGCGCACGGAUCGGUAUGAGUGAGCAUACAAGUGAUAAUGCUACUACUCUCGGCUGGAGCUUGGAUGAUGAUGACCGCCUGGUCAUCGAAGAGGUCUUGAACCGGAGUAACAGAACCGAGAUGUUUGAGGCAAUGGGCGAUUGCGGUAAUGAGUACCGAUAAGAGAACCGCAUCUGUAAGUGGAGAUAUCAGUUCAACACUGGUUCCGAGUUUCCAAAAUGGGAUGGGGGGAAUAUGUAACGUCUGAUGAAUGGUACAUCCACCUCGUGUAUGCAGACGGCCCAUUCGGACUGGCGAGCUGAACUAGUACCGGAAGUCCUUUGUGUGAAGCGAGUUUGCUUUGACCUAUUUCGUCUCAAUGAACAUUCCGUGUCUUCAAUGCACAUGCCUUUGUGAUGUUUCUCAAAUAUGCUACAGCCUUGUGUUGAUAUUUACCUCAACAUCUGUCACGAUUAUAUCCAUAGUCUUUUACGAGCAAAAGUUUCUG